UUGAAACUCAAGCAGAAGGGCAUUUUCAGUUUGAAUGGUGUAGUGCGAGAUUGAGACAUCCUACAGAUUGUAUGUUUCUGAAAAAUUAGCCGUCAGUUAUGGCUGUUAAUUUUAGGUUUCCUCUUAUAUUUAAUUAGCUAGUUAGUUCCAUAUAUAUCUACAUUUCCAGCUGACUGGCUUAGUUAGCCAGACGGAUUCUUAACUACACAAACCAUAGCAAAGUGUUCUACUCUUCAGCUGGUAUCUGCAUGGCGGGGGUAACACUACAGGGCAGUGCCCUUAGAGGCCUAACGGAUGGCAACAUCCUGGACCCGGAGUACCAGCAGCGGCUGGAGGACGCGCGCACGCUGCUCAGGCAGGAGAUCCAGAGGGAGCUGAAGAUCAAGGAGGCGGCGGAGAGGCUCCGGCGGGCAGUCACCAGCCGGAAGAACGCGGCCGACGUGGAGGGGCAGCUGAAGGCCUCCAGCCGCAAGCUGGAGCAGCUGCACUGGGAGCUGCAGGAACUCAACGCCCGAGCUGUGGCUUUCGAGAAGGAGACCCGGAUGGAUGACCCGACCUCUCCUGACCCCUGUCGCUGGGAGGAGAGGACCACUCCACUGAUCAGCCGGAUCCACACCCUCAAAAAGCAGCUGGCCAUUGAGACCAAGGUGAAGCAGGGAGCAGAGACCAUCAUCCAGACCUAUGCUAGCAGUUCCGUCAAGGACCGGAAGAUGCUGUCCACAGCCCAGCAGAUGCUGCAGGACAGCCGGACAAAGAUCGAGCUGAUCCGCAUGCAGAUCAUCAAAGUCACGCAGGCGGGUGAGGGCGACCGGGAGGAGAGCCAUGCUGAAGCAGCGCGUCCCGCUGAGACCAUCAGUCCCCUGGAGCUGAGGGUGGCGGAGCUGCGGCACCACCUCAGGAUCGAGGCGGCCGUGGCGGAGGGGGCCAAGAACGUGGUGAAGCAGCUGGGAGGCCGCAGGGUGCAGGACAGACGCGCGCUGGCAGAGGCCCAGGCCCGGCUGCAGGAGUCCUCUCAGAAGCUGGACCUGCUGCGCCUGUCCCUGGAGCAGCGCCUCAACGAGCUGCCCCAGGACCACCCCAAACGGGCCGCCAUCAAGGAGGAGCUGUCCCUGGGCACCUCGCCCUCCCUGGGCUUCCAGCGCAACCGCCUGCGCUCCUCCUCCUCGUCCUCCUUCCUCAAGCCCUCCUCCCUCACAGGCAGGCUGGAAGUGAGGCUGAUGGGCUGCCAGGACCUGCUGGAAUCGGUGCCAGGUCGUUGCCGGGUAACCGGAGUUUCCACGGCACCCGGGAGCCCCUCGGAGGCCAAGUCCUUGAAGGUGCGGACGGGGCUGUCCGGUCGCAGCACCAACAGCAAACUCAGCAAGGCGGAGGAGGUUUCCGUGGAGAUCAGCGCAGUGCUGAAGCUGGACAACAAGAUGGUGGGACGCACCAACUGGAGGCCCCUCAGCAAUCAGGCGUGGGACCAGAGCUUUUGCAUUGAACUGGAGCGGUCCCGGGAGCUGGAGAUCGGGGUGUACUGGAGGGACUGGAGGGCUCUCUGUGCUGUUAAGUUUCUGCGCCUCGAGGACUUCCUGGACAACCAGCGGCACGGCAUGUGCCUGUAUCUGGAGCCCCAGGGCAUGCUCUUCGCUGAGGUGACCUUUGUCAACCCAGUUAUUGAGCGGCACCCAAAACUCCAACGACAGAAGCGCAUUUUCCCCAAAGAGAAAGGGAAGGACUUCCUGCGGGCUGCCCAGAUGAACAUGAACUUCACCACAUGGUGGCGCUUGAUGAUGAACAUGCUGCCCCCCUGCAGCUCCAUGACGGCCAUGAGCCCGCCCCUCUCCGCCGCCUCUGACCCCGACGUCACCUCGCCCCCCUCCCUGGAGAAGGCGGUGAUGACCCCCCCACCGGGAGGAGAGCAAACGGUGAUCAAGCUGAACUUCAGCGACGAGCGGCCAGUCAAGCCCCCGCGCCUCAACAUGGGCAAAGCUACCCUGGACGUGCCCUCGUUAGCGCCCCCAGACGCACCCCUGGCAAACAUGUCCACCAAGACGAAUCGCACAGUGGAGAAAAAGGAUAAGCAGCCGUCUUGGUCCAUACCUUCGGAGAAGGCAGGAGUGCAGAUGGAGGAUUUCCACUGCAUCUCAGUGCUGGGAAGAGGGCACUUUGGAAAGGUCCUGCUUGCUGAAUAUAAAAAGUCGGGAAAGCUGUACGCUAUAAAAGCCCUGAAGAAGGGAGACAUCGUGACCCGCGAUGAGGUGGACAGCUUGAUGUGCGAGAAGAGGAUAUUUGAGGCCAUCAACGCAGCGAGGCACCCCUUCCUGGUGAACCUGCACGGCUGCUUCCAGACGGCCGAGCACGUGUGUUUCGUCAUGGAGUAUUCCCCCGGGGGCGACCUCAUGAUCCACAUCCACAACGACGUCUUCUCCGAGGCCCAGGCCAGGUUCUAUGCUGCCUGCGUUUUGCUAGGUCUGGAGUUUCUGCACCAGAACAAAAUAGUUUAUCGGGAUUUGAAGCUAGACAACCUGUUGAUGGAUGCUGACGGCUAUGUACGAAUUGCGGACUUUGGGCUUUGCAAAGAAGGGAUGGGCCACGGUGACCGGACUUCCACAUUCUGCGGCACCCCAGAGUUCCUGGCCCCCGAGGUCCUGACCGACAACAACUACACCCGCGCCGUGGACUGGUGGGGGAUGGGCGUGCUCAUAUACGAGAUGCUGGUGGGAGAGUCUCCCUUCCCAGGCGAUGAUGAGGAGGAGGUGUUUGACAGCAUUGUAAAUGACGAAGUGCGAUACCCCAGGUUUCUGUCACCAGAAUCCAUCUCCAUCAUCCAAAAGCUGCUGAGGAAGAACCCGGAGAAGAGGCUUGGAGCGGGGGAGCAGGACGCCAACGAGGUUAAGAAACAGAAAUUUUAUCAGGGCAUCGACUGGGACGCCCUGCUGGCCAAAAAAGUCAAGCCCCCGUUCCUGCCCUCCAUCAAGGGGUCCGGGGACGUGAGUAACUUUGACGAGGAGUUCACGCGGCUGAAGCCCGUCCUGACGCCCCCCCAGACUCCGUGCUUCCUCACCCCCGAGCAGCAGCAGGUCUUCGCGGACUUUGAUUUCUCCAUGCUGCACUGACCCCCCCACACCCCCAGGGCAGACCCGGCGCCAGGCGUCCCCACAAACUCCAGGGGGGCCACUCUGAGGACUCCGCUCCGCCCUCGCGGCACAACUCCAGCCCUCCCUGCCACGCUUCCCUCCGCAAUAGGUUUCCAUCGACCGAGCGCUGGCUGGCGUUAAACAAUUAAGAACGGGCUGGUUAGAGACCAGGUUUCUCCAGGUGAAGCGAACUGGAGCAGCUGAUGCUGUGGCUUCAGGCUCUUUCCGGUUAAUAAAGACUCUGCACGGCUCCGGGGUCACUGGGGUCGUCUACUUUGCCUUCCCUGUGUAGGGCUUUGGUUGUCACUGUGAACGUCACCAUGUAUUGCUCUGCUGAGAAAAGUGAGGCUCAUUAAUGGUUUUGUUUUGUUUUCCCGUUUGUGGAUUUAAGUGUUUUUUUUUUGUUAUUAACUUGCUGUUUUUGUAUUCCUGGGGCCAGUGAUUGGAUGUAUGUAAUGCCUGCUAUCUUCGUCUAAUAACUUGUUACGCGUUUGUGGAUUGUUUGGAAUUCUUCUUGGAGGUGGGGUAUUGAUAUGACUCCAUAGCCAUGCUUGCCAGUGGCAUUGGGUAUAGUAACCACAGUGUACUUCUCCUUCAAACCUCCUUGUCUAAAUCCUUCAUACUACUCGCAGCAAUUAUGUGUUGUGUCUUAAAUGUCUGUACAGUGAAAUCAUUGUGUCCCAAAACAAAAAGCCAGAAUGUGCCAAUAUACUCAGUGAGGAAAACUUUUUUAGCUUGUUCUUUCUCCCAAAGACCUCCUGGUAUUAUAAGAUUUUUCUUUGAAUGACUGUACUGUCUCCCCAAACACCCUUAGGGCCAGUUUCAUGGACACAGAUUCAGCUUAGUCCUGGGCUAAAUUGAGUUUUGUAUGGAGAAUCUCCAUUCAAAAUUGAAUGUGGUGUAGGCCUAUGUUUAAUCUGUGUCUGUGAAACUGGCCCUUAAUGUUGCAAUUAGCAUCUGCGUGACUUGAGUGUUGAGAAGUGCCUCUGCUGUAGUAGGAGAAUAUGAACAGUACAUUUGCAUAAGAAUGAUACAGUUCUUUGACACUGAUAAAUUGCUGCGGGAACGAACACUAAAUCAGUUAAGGUAAUCAAAAGUCAGAUCAAGACAAAUCUAUGAAACACAAGAUAAAAUUGAAUGUCUGAUAGUCAUAGCUUUUGAUAGCAUUUAACUGAUAGCUUAGCUCUUUAUUUCUCUUCUGUAAGAGCUGCUUUGUGCUUCCUAGAAAAAGCUGUUAUUGCACUGUUACAAACAGCCAUUAGCUUGUCGAUCUCUCUGUCCUGAACUGCCCCAUAUACCGAUAGUACCUGAAUGCAAUCACAAUCGUCUUCCAAGACUCUGAGAUGACGAGAGGUUUUAAGUUCCAGUGAAGCUACUGUCCGUGAAGUUUAAUUUUGCAUUCCUUUGAAAUCACUUGAAAAUGUUGCUGCCAAUGAAGUGUGCUCUGUUGUAUGUAUACGUAUGUGAUUUACUACUGAAUUAUAAUUUAUACUGUGAAAUAGGAAAAAACAUGCCAUUAUAAUUGUAGGUGAGAUUGUUUUAUUCUGUCCCUUCUGUCUACAUAUGAAAAAUAUUAAUAAAUAUCUUUCUCACUAAAGUU